UAUAACUUCCGGCUAGUUGCAAUUUGACAGCAUGAUAUUUCAACACGAAAUACAAAUUUAAAGUGAUUUUUAAUCUGUGGAUCAACCAUGACGACCAAAGAAAGAAGACAGUUAUGAUGGGAUUAAAUGAUGAAAAGGUCCUUAGGAGUUUCCUCCUUAAACCAGCAAUCCACUAGUAGUAAGGUCCAAAGAUUAAAUCCACCUUCCGCAGAAGUCAGGAAAGCUGGACCUUAUCUGUUAGGACCACGACAAGGAUCUUCUCCUGUCAGAAGUAUCGUACAGUGUUUGGCAAGGAAAGAUGGGACAGAUAAAUUCUACACUAUAAAGAUUUUAACCCUGUCUGACCCGAGAGAAGAGAGCCAAGAUGAUAGACAAGGGAAAAUGUUGUUACACACAGAAUAUUCUUUGUUGUCUUUACUUCACAAUCAGGAUGGAGUUGUACAUCAUCAUGGACUGUUUAAGGAUGAAGCAUUAGAAGAUAAAGAAAGUUCCCGGUAUUAUCCUGGCCAGUCAGUCCCUAGGAAGAGGAGACGACUCUGUCUGGUGUUAGACUGUCUGGUUCACCAUGAUUUUAGUGAUGAAAAUCAAGAUCUAGUCAACUUACAACACUAUGUCAUUAAAGAGAAGAAACUAUCGGAGAAAGAAGCCAUAAUCGUAUUCCUUGAUAUUGUUAGAGUUGUGGAGAGUUUACAUAGGAAAAAUUUGGUUCAUCGUGAUUUAAAGCUUGGUAACAUGGUACUGAACAAGAAGACAAAGAGAAUAACAAUAACAAAUUUCUGUCUGGGAAAACUUCUGGUAUCAGAGACUGAUCCAUUAAAGGACCAAAGGGGUAGUCCUGCUUAUAUCAGCCCUGACGUCUUAAGUGGCAAACCAUAUCUAGGCAAACCAAGUGACAUGUGGGCCCUUGGUGUUGUAUUAUUUACUAUGUUGUAUGGACAGUUUCCAUUCUAUGACAGUCAGCCACAGGAAUUAUUCAGGAAGAUCAAAGCAGCAGAGUUUACUAUGCCAAGUGAUGGCAGAGUUUCUGAAGAUUCUAAGUAUAUCAUUCAAAACCUUUUGACCUUGGACUCUGAAAAACGUUUGACAGCUUUAGAGGUCAUAGAACAGUUACAGUCUCUUCUUGAUAAAUGGAAAGCGAUGUCUAGUAUAAGUGGGCCUCUACAGGUAGUCCCUGAUAUUGAUGACAAGUAUGUCAUUGAUAACAAGGGUGAAGAUGAUGAAAGUUCAGCUAUACUUCUAUCAGACAUUCCAUCUGUUGAUGGCGACAGACAAACAUCUACACAGAUCACUGAUCUAGCUCAUGGAAUUACUCCAGACAAUGACAGACAACCCAAAGAGAAGAUACCAGUGAGAAGACGCAGACACAUAUCAUCCAAUCCACCAAUCCACAGGAUGACAGACGAUGCUCAACCACUUACACCGACAGAGAUGACUGCUCAUAGACAACUGUUGUCACAACACAGAACCUAAUGUUAUCACCACAGGAAAUAGUAGAUAGGGUUGUUUUUAGAAAUUUAUCUGUUGUCAAUGGCACACCUCGUAUUUUCUAUAGUAUAAGGCUGUUGUAGUAUAUGUGAUUAUGUGAUGUGAUGUUUUGAUUGAUAUUUAUUGGUGUUUGAUGUUAUGACUUUGUUAUAAAGUCAGAAUAUGUAAAAUUGUAUUUUGUAGUGGUGCUCAUUGACAAUUAUCAUAGGAUAUGUAGAUUAAGAAAAUCAUGGUUAUUUAAAAUUUUUCCCUUUUGAUAGACCCUUUAAUAGGACGUAAGCCUACACAGAAAGUGUCACAUUUUUUCAGUUUUUCAAGUCUUAAUACAUCUUACUAUACAAUUUCACAGAAAAAUGUUGCACUAUGUCUUCUCUUGUUUGCUUUAAGAGUAUACUGAGCUGUUAUUUUGAAAUGCUUUAAUGCCAUAUUUUUUCUAAUGCAAAAGUUAUAUUGAAUAGUGAAGAAUAGAUUUAUUCAUUACCUUUUGAAUUAAGUAUACAUUUUUUAGUGAUACAAAUAAGAAUUAAGAUAGAGAAUUUCAGUUGAUUUUAGGUGAUCUGGGUAUAAUUAUGAUAUAAGAUUUUCAAAGCCUGCUGUAAACCAUGGAGUUUUAUUUCAAAUAGUCAUCUCUUGAUGUGGUUAAUUAUUGUAUGAUUAUUAUGUAGUUUGUAUGCUGGAGUGUAUAAUGUGUGCAAUCAUUAAAAUUAUAGGGCAGUUUUAGCUAGAUAGCAAGUCCUCACUUUAGGUUUGAAAGAGAAUGAAUGGGUCAUAUAUUUGUAACUGGAUAUAAAAAAAACAAAUGCUUUUCUUAGGUAAUGUAAAGCAAAACCAAAUCCUUAUGUCAAAGUUUACUGCUUGAAUAUUGCACAGCUUUUUAUGAACAUAAGCAUGAAACCACGUGUACCUAACUUUUCUUACAUUUGGUUGGUUUAAUUUAGAUAUUUUUAAGAGCAAUUUGGAAAAUUUGUUACUUUAAAACAUUUGUUUCAGAUAACUUGGACCUGUCUGAAUUCCACCUGCACAGUUUUGUCAAUAGAUACUAGCAUUUUUUUUUAUUGCCGAAACACUUGAUGAGUUAAAAUAAUGGUUAGAUAAAGGUUACAGUACUUAAGUACAUAAUCUAGUAGAGAAAUUUAUCAACAACAAUCAAUUUUAAAAAACAAAUAUUUGAUAUAAACUUUCUUGAAGUGCUUUCAAAUCAAUGUGUAUGGCAGUUUUCACAAUUUAUUAUGCUGAAUAAAAAAACAAAAAAUUAACAGCAUGGCUUUUUUUAAGUUAUAUAAAGAUCAUGUUUUCUUAUUCAUAUUUUCUUGAAUGAAGGUGCUUUCUUUUCAGUUAAUUCUGUAAAAUAAUCUUCAGAAAUAAAUACUUUAAAUUUUACCUAUAUCCGUACUAGCACUAUUUUAUAGUUACAAAUUGUCAGCUUACUUACAGAUGAAAUAUUUAUUACUAAAUCGGGGGAAACCAGCAAUCAAUCAGUAACAAGCUAUUACAGCAAAAAAAAUGUGUACUUUUUUCUGAUUUUUUGCCCACGGUGUGACUUGAUAUAUUUAUUAUGAUACCAUAGAUAUGUAAUUUUGUUGCAUUUCAACCGUGUGCUAAAUUAUUUGUUAUUUUCUGUGAUAGUGUGUUAUUGUAAUUUUCUUAGGUCAUACAAAAUUAAUUAUCUGGAUCUUAGUUUCUCAACGAACAAAAUUAGGUUCUGGCUUAUAUGAUUUGAAGACAAAAUUAAACGUUAAUCCAGAGUUCUCAGAAGUGGUGGUUCGAAGGUUUUGAGUCUUUUGACCACCAAAAUUUUGCAAGGACUGACACAAUUUUGGUAUUUUGCAAUAGAAAAAAUAGUGAGGACUAGCAGAUUUUAUUCAAGGAGUACCAGGGGAAAAUGAUUUAGAGAACUGUCCAUUUAUAUGAAAUUCUUGUCAGACUUGAAAAUUGGAAAUAUCUCGACUUGAAAUUAUUGUAAAUCCCUACAGCAGUAGGGACAUCCAUACUUCAGUGGUUCUUUCAAGUAUUUUGCUUAAGGUUUUUAGGAAUGCCAAAGGAUAUCACCACAUAACAAUAAGAUUUGAGAUCAGGGGAACACUUGAUGAAUUAAAAAAUGUUGGUUAGAUUGAGGCUUUUUGUUUAUAGUAUACCGGUAGUCAGUUUUGUAUUUUUCAUGGUC